UUGCUGUUUGGAAGUUUUUUUAAGUUUGUUUGGAAGCGUAAGACUUGUGAGGUGUAAGUAUUAGCUCUAGGCUAAUAUGUACACUGGAAUUAAGUCAGACUUUGAGUAGACCAAACAUCUUUGGUAUGUACACAGUGGGUUAGGAUUUGGCAGAUGCUUCGAUGGACCGAAGUUCUUUAGCAUCAGCAGGACUAUACAAAUAAGUGGUGUAAGUAACAUAAUCUUGUUUUGAUGUGCCAGGUUUUAUUUGCCUAAUUUCCCACAUGAUGGAAUGAAUGUAAUCUUCACCAGCACGGAUAUGUAGACCUUUUCAAGAUGGUUAAGAACUGUGGCGAAAAACCAAGUGGAAUGACAAGAGGAAGCAGCCACUUCUGCUGACAUCUGAUUUGUAUGUUAGAAAGUAUGGUUUCCUGAGAGAAGAGUGCAUUAUAGUUUUUAACAACAGAUCUUUAUUAAAUGUGCCGUGAGUGGUGGUUUUGGAAAGAUGAGAAAGGACCCACUGUGGGGCAACUCAGUGAAGCUGAAAGAUGCUUGCAAUUUCUGUUCGGUCUAUCCCAGUUAGGAGAGCUUUCUUUGUGAUUUUUAAGCUUGGUGCUGUCAGCCUCAUGUGAACAAACCAGAACAAAAAGCACACUGGGUAUAGAAAACAAAAUGCCACGGAAGAGGAAAACUGGUGGGAGUCCUUCUCAGAAGAAUGGCAAUUCUGACAGAACUCCUGCUGCUGAAUCCCAGGGGGACCCAAGCCACUUAGUGGCACAAGCAAUGCAUUAUGUCAAUAAGGAAGAGCUCUUCAACAGCAUGUCAGAGAUGUUUUCUGACCUAGAUCCUAGUGUGGUUUAUAUGGUUCUGUCUGAAUGUGAUUUUAAAGUAGAAAAUGCUAUGGAUCAUCUUUUAGAGCUGUCCACUCAUGCCAAAGAAGUAGCAUCUUCAAAAAUGCUGGGGUUUGAUUUAGCAGCAUCAUCAUUACCUCUUGUUAAUCAGCAAAGAUCUCUUGCAAAUGAAAGAUUGAGGGAAGGGGCUGCAGCACAUAGUUAUUCUGGAGCAGCUUUAGAAAAGGUCCCAUCACCUGAUGUGCAGCUGACUGGAGAUCUGAAUUCCUUACCAGAAACUGCCUUUCAGAGUUACAGCUUGAGUGAGGAAUUUCCUAAUUCUGCCAAUGACCAAAUAGUACUUGAGCACCCUAUGGAAUACGAUGGUUUUACCGAAUUUCCUGAGUGGGAAAAAUCUGAUUCGGUUUGCAAUGCCCUACUUUUUCCACAACAAGCAGAGACAAAUAAUUUGGUUUUAGAGAGUUCCUGCUGUUCCCAGCCACCGGUGAGUCAGCUGAGCAUCCGGACAAGCUCACCGUCUGCAUCAGACAAUUUUGAACAGAUACUGGAAGAUUCUGAUUUGUUGGAAAUGCAUGUUCAACGUGAUGUGGCUUCAGAAGUAUAUAAACUAUCAAAUGGAGAAAUAUCAUGUGAAAAUUCUGAUCAGACACAAGAUACUGUUUUGGAUCAAAGUAGUGUGACUGCUGCUUCUUGUGGGUCCUCCCAAAGACCUAUGGAACUUGGAGUAGCUGUUACUGGAGAUCGUAAUUCAAGGUGCCUGGAACAACACAAAGAUGCAGUGACUGCCUUUAGCAGCUACCAGAGUGCUUCUCUUCCAGAGGCAUAUAUCUCUCCUGAAACAUCCAGUUUCAAAACACAGAAACCUGCAGAUACUCAGCAAACUCAGCAGGGAUAUAACUUAAAUUUUUCUACACCAUCAGGUCAAUCUCAACAACACUGGAAUCUCAUGGCUCCUGUGUUUUAUCCAUCUGGUGGAAGUCACAGCUUUGUAAUUCCUGUGGCUGCCAGUCCAGGGCAGUGGAGACCUGUUUCUGACUGUAGAACUUCGGAAAAAGGACUUUUUCUUUCCUCCCCAGUGGUUUCAAAUGCCUGGGAUGGCAACCCUUCUCUGAAGGUAUGGGGAAAUCAAGAUAGAAACCCAAAAUUGAACCUCUCUCAAGCGCAGCAACCACGUGUUUGUCACAUGAUGAGAAAAAAGAUGCAACUUAUAGGUCAAGUACUUGUCCUUCUCAGAGGUGUUCCAGGAUCAGGAAAAUCAUAUUUGGCAAGGAAUUUGCUUGAGGAUAAUCCAGGUGGAAUAAUUCUUAGUACUGAUGAUUACUUCUACAAACAUGGACAAUACCAUUAUGAUCCUGAUUGCUUAGGGGAAGCACAUGACUGGAACAGGAAACGAGCCAAAGAAGCAUUUGAAAUGAGAAUCUCUCCUAUAAUAAUUGACAACACAAACAUACAAGCAUGGGAGAUGAAGCCUUAUGUUACUUUGGCUCAGCAGUUCAAAUACAAAGUAAUGUUCCGAGAACCAGACACCUGGUGGAAAUUUAAACCAAAAGAACUUGAAAGGAGAAACAUUCAUGGUGUAUCUAAAGAAAAGAUCAAAAGAAUGUUGGAACGGUAUGAACGCUGUCUUACUGUUAGGUCAAUAUUGGAUUCUUCAGUUCCAGACAAAUCAGAAGCUGCUGGUUGGAGUGAAGAUCCUUGUCAGGAGGAAAGUCAGAGAAAGAGAGAGGUACAUUCAGAUGCAAAGGAAGAAGAAUGUUUUGCUUCUGAGGCGGAGUCUAUUGAAUUAACUGAAGUUGAUAAAACUUCUCCUGGUAUUUCUCUAACAUUAGAAAGUAAUUGUGAUCCUGAGCAUUUUCAGAAGGAGAAAAAAGAAAUGGAAGAUACCUCAGUGGAACACAAUUCUGAGAAUAGCACUGUUCAAGAUGACUUGGAAAUUAAUUUAUCAGAUUGCACAAAAAAAGAGCUGCCCAUGCACAAGAAAGAAGAGAAGAGUGAAGCAGAAAUGGAAGAGGUUGAUGAAACUGAAGAAGAAAUGGAUGAGGUUGAUGUGAUCCCAGCUGAAGAGACUGUGAACUUACACACAGGUGGAGCUGAGGAACACAGUGAUAACAACAGUCUCAAAGUUCAAACUGCAGUUGAACAAUUGGGCAAAAUAUGUAUGGAACCAAAAUCAACACAAAUGAGCAACACAGUGGAACCAAGCAGUUUGGCUUUUGAUGCAUUAGGAAAAACAGAACUGCUAAACUUUCUGGGUGACUGGCCCGUGGAACAAACAAUGGGACAGAGAGUCAAAAGAUCUAGAAGACUAGAAAAAUCUCUUCUGAAGGGUGAUAAGGAAGGUGAAACUCCCAGUCAGCAGCAUUCUGAGAUAGGUAAAGAGCAAGUGGGCCUGCCUGAGACAUGUACUGUUGAGAAAGAACAUGAGGAUGAAAAUCUACCCUGUAGCUGUUACUCUGUUAGUUCAGAUACAGUUACACCAGAAUUGCAAAUGUUAGGAUGUUGGCCUGUCUCAGCCUCAUUAGAACAGAGACAACAAAAGUCAAGGAGAAUGAGAAAAACAAAUUUAAAUCAGUGUGAUGAAGACAAAAAUACUGAAGACGACACUGAUAUGAAUGCUCUUGAAACUGUUCAAGUGAUUCAUGGGUCACCUGUGAACACUGGAGAGCAACCAGAUAAAAGGAACUUGCCUGUGCACCAAGAAGAAAUAGGAGCUAGUGAAACAGUAAGUGAGGAAAAAUCCCAGCAAAGUAAGAGAACAAGAAAACAUCACAAAUUAGCCCUCACUUUUACAAACAGCAACUUGCCGCAUCCCAGAGAAGAGGACCACUUCUCUAAACUUAAUGUGGCAGAAGAGAAACAGGACACAAACUUGUAUAGGCAAAAAAGUAGCCAUUCACAGACUGAACCACAGGACUUUGCUCUCCUGUGGAGAUUAGAAAAGAAAAUGCUUUUUCCUGAGACAACAAAAAUAUUGCAUGGCAGACUAGAUGGCUUCAAACCCAAAGAUAUAGAUAAUGCCUCAGAUUCUCAGGAAAAAAUACCCUAUCGAGUUACAUAUGAUAAAAGUACUUUUGUGGAGGAAAGCGAGCUUAUCAAUAUUGAUGAGUCUGAAAAACUAGAUAUGCUCUGUAAGCUCUUUGAGUCUGUUUCAUUUGAAGCUCUGAAAGAUCUGUAUGAAAGAUGUAACAAAGACAUAGACUGGGCCACAGGUCUGCUGUUAGACUCUGAUGAGAAGUUACGUAAAGCUGUUGAUACUGAAAGACUUCAGGUUAGUGAAGCUGAGCCAGUGGUCGCAGACCUUGAUUUCAAGGCAAGUACAAACUAUGAUGAGAAUCUCAAAGACUGCAGACAAACCCCACAAGUACUUGGGGCUGGUGAUACCGUUGAGACUUUAGAAGGCAAGAAUUCAUCACUCAGCAUUGCAGAAAAUAGGGCUGCCAAGACAGCUCUGACAAAUGCUCUUGUGUCUGACUCAUUCACUGCUACCUCAUUGAAUAAUUCAGUGGAACUGAAAAAUUCUGUGGAUCUUGUGUCUGACUCAUUCACUGCUACCUCAUUGGAUAAUUCAGUGGAACUGAAAAAUUCUGUGGAUUCAGCCCCUAGAACUGACACAAGCAGCUCAGCAGCAGGUAUCAUUGAGCUGCCUGUUUCAGGAAACCACAUGGGAGAGAGUGAGAGUACUCUUGAAGAAACUGUAAAUAAGCCAUCACUUUCUCAACUUGGUGCAGGUUUGCCUCAUGACCCUAACACAACUUCUACCAAUUUGAGAUCUGAAUUAAUCAAUGAAAGUGACAGUAACCCUUCAGAAAGCAAUCCUGAAAAUUCCAAAGGGGCUGGUUUGUUACUGGAAAUAGAUCAUGCACCUCUGGUCGGUCCUAGGAGCAAUAAAGAACUGGAUAUGGAUAAAAAACCUCAGGAGAAUACCAGGGAGAUAUGUGGUAAAGAGGAAAUUGAAACUCCAAGCUGGGCUGCAACUAAAGCCAAGAGACAAAGCCCUGUACCAGCAGCCUUCAGUAUAGAUUGCCUAGAACUAACAUUGCCUCCUGAACUGGCACUCCAGCUGAAAGAGAUAUUUGGACCUGUUGGCAUUGAUGCAGGUUCACUAACUGUUGAGGAUUGUGUGGUUCAUAUUGAUCUGAAUUUGGCAAAAGUGAUUCAUGAAAAAUGGAAAGAAUCUAUUCUGAAGCGUCGGAGGAGAGAUGAAUCGUGUUCGUCUGCAGAAAUGAUUCAGCAGAUAGAUACAGAUGACUCAGAAAUGCUGUUAUCUCAGAAUGCAGACAGCAGAAUACAGAAGGAAAAAUCGAGCUCAGCUGCAGACACAUCUAAUGAUGUACAGACCAAAACCCCAGCAACAUCAGACAUUUUUCCAUUUAUGGAUCACUGGAAUGCUCAGAUUCAGAAAGUUUCUCUCAGGCAAAUAAUUUCUGAAGAAAUAGCGAUCCAGGAGAGAGAGGACCUGAAUCGUGUUCCUUCUACAGCUAGAAAAGACUGUGCUGCUAAACUAAAGGAGAAGCAACUUUUUGAGAUGUUUCCAACUAUUAAUCAAAAUUUUUUAAUGGAUGUCUUCAGGGACAACAACUAUUCUUUAGAACAGACUGAACAGUUUCUGAACUGUGUUCUGGAGGCAGAUCCUGUACAAACAGUUAUAGCUCAAGAAAGUGGUCAGCAAAAUGAAAUUGUUUCUUCCUACAGUGCUGCAAAGAACCGUGAGAAGAAGGCCAAAAAAAGUAAGGAAGAGGACGAUCCUUUAUGCGAAAUGUUUCAAGACUUUGAGUAUCCACAGUAUGAUGAUUUAAGAGCAGAAGCUUUUUGUCACCAGCAAAAGAGACAGGAAUGUUUGAAAAAGGCUGGGGAAGCCUAUCGCAUGGGUAUGAAGCCUGUGGCAGCUUUUUAUGCACAUCAGGGUCGCCUUCAUGAGCAGAAGAUGAAAGAAGCUAAUCAUGCUGCUGCUGUGCAAAUCUUUGAGAGAGUAAAUUCUUCCUUGCUGCCUAUGAAUGUGUUGGAUUUGCAUGGUCUCCAUGUGGAUGAAGCUGUGAAUCAGUUGUCCAGAGUGCUGCAGGAAAAAAGUGAAGAGUACCAGCAGACUGGUGGUAAACCAUAUCUCAUUGUUAUCACGGGAAGAGGAAGCCAUAGUCAGGGAGGAGUCGCUCGCAUCAGACCAGCAGCUAUCAGAUACCUCACAAGCCACAACUUCAGGUUCACAGAAAUAAAACCAGGCUGCCUGAAAGUCAUGCUGAAUUGAAGAGUUGUGGAAAGAGGAAUAUAGAAACUGAGGUGUCAGAUGACUGCUGGGCAACAGAAAAAAGCUCCAUGUUUUGAACAACUGCACUGGUAUUUUGUAAUCUGUUUUAAAAGAAGAUGUUUUAUUAGAACUGGUCUUAAUUUACAGCAAGUGGAUUUGUCGGUAUGUUUCCAAUAAAUUUUUGUGUGUAAUAGAUCAUUUUUUGAACCUUCAAAAGGAAGAUACUUCAAAGGAUUUGAAAUCUCAGAAAUGCAGAUUAAGAAUUUUGCUGAGAAAUGUAUGCUGUUUUUAAGGGAAGUUAAGGUACAAUUUUUAAUGUAACUAUCUUGUUAGCAUACCUAAAUCUGCCUUUUGACCCUUGCACAUUUUGAUUGCUGUGGCUUCUGUACUUCUAAAACAUAUUGUAAAAAGUUAUUUUGUAAUUCAGAACUUUGUGCUAAACCCUUCAAAAGAGCAAAGGAGAAGUUAAAAAUUGGGCAGCUACUGGUAUUUCAAAUCCAGUUACAUCUGAGUGCUGAGUACUUCCAGGUUUCUUCAAAAAUCUGGUGUCUUUUUAAUGAUUAUGUUAUGAUGGGUUGACCAGUUUUAUUAUCCUUACUUCAUUCUAAACUUCUGCAACUAUUGAAGGAAUUUGCAUAUAAGGCAUGUGCAUUAAGGCUAGCUGUGUGUUUGGUAAUUUGGCAGAUUUAGUGUGAUCUUUUAAGGGGAAAAACACAAUGCUGUUAUUCAGUCUGUUCUGGAGAUCCACUUACCGGAUUAAAAUUGUUUCUUACUUUGUGGCUUUUUAAGUGCAGCGAAUGCAGUACUGUUUCACUUUACAAGUGUCUGAUAAUGAUGUCUUCAUUCUCUGUGUAUUGUUUGGUGAUUUCCUUGUAGAAAAUAUGAUAAUGAGACAUUUUAAAUGUAUUUUUAACAUCAAAGUGAAUGCUAAUAUUGCAAUAGUAAUUGCCUAACUGGAAAAUCUGGGAGUACGAAAGUUACUCUGAAUUUGGUGGUGUUGCAUCAGCAUCUAGAAAUACCCAUGUAAAGAACCAAAACAACAUAAAAAAACCCCAAACAAAACCCUUCAAGAAUUAAAUAUAAACAUCUGUACUUAGGCAAGUGUUUCUAGUAAACAAUCAGAAUACUUUUUAAAUAGAAAUAUCUUCUAGAACGCAUUGCUAUUUUUAUUUACAUCUUUGCCUCCUGAAAGGCAUGUGAAUUUUUGUUGUACGGCUUUUUCAGAACAGGUGUGAGUUGUGUAUUAGGAAUAAUAUUCAUAGAUUAGGGGUUAAUGUGGGGAGUUUUUAAAUUUUUAACCACUUUGCAGUAAAUUUUAUCCAGGAACUACAUGCACAUAGAGUAUGUAUAUUAAUCCAUAUGUGUGUGCAAGUUCUGCAAUUUGUAUGCAUGAGUACUAAUAAACAAAGAACUUCUGUGAGAAAAGCUGUCCACAGAAACAGGUUUCACUUGAAAACAUGUCUGCAUAAGUUGCUGACAAGCUGAAAGACAUGAUGUUUCCUGAAUAUAUCUGUAUUUACUCUAAUACAUACACAGUGAAUACGAUGCAGGGUAGACUUAAAAAUGAGUUUGUCGUGCAUCAACAGAUACAGUACUCUUUUCCUGGUGAUUUCAAGUGGAAGAAUAGCUUGAGUAAUACUUAAUCAAAGGGACUCCUUCUAUAAUAAUGGACUGCCAUAAUAAGUUUUUUUUUCUGGGUCGUCAGUUAAUCUGAAUUGUGUCCUUUCUGUUUCCUUCUCCUUCUCUCUGCACUGUUCUGGGAAUCAGUGGGUGAAAUAGAAAAGAUCUGUGGUCCCCAGAUAGCACUAACAGAACUGUUUCUGACACUGCAUGAUAACCUGUGUGGUGAAGUCUACACUCCAUCCUCUGUGACAGUGCUUAAAAUGGACUAAGAUACCAUUUAGGCAUUUGGCCUCAAGACAGUAGUUCAGACUAUCAGCUGUACAGGGUUGCAAAUGCUAGAAUUGUCUCAGCGGAGCCAAAAUCUUAGUUUUGGACCAAGGAACUUCCUUCUGUUCCUGAACAGGUUUUCCUUAGUGCUGCUGUUUAUAACAAAUGGAAUUGCAGCUCUCUGGGACAACUCUUUGUAGUAUAGUCCCUGUUGGUUGGCCUGGGUGGCUGUUGUGUAUUGAGCUGCUUGGGUGCCCAAGCCCUACAGAGAUGUGCCUGUAAACAAGGAAGUGUCAACACUUGUGAUUGUUUUGGGAGGCAGCCUGAUUCACUCAGCGUAUUCACACCAUUCCUGACAUGGACAAAGACAGAUUAGAUUUUAGUUCAAAAGACAAGCAGAAAAAGUUGUUGUCUUGCCCAUCUGUUCAUCAUAAUCCAGUUGACAACUUUACCCUGGAGAUGAGAAACACAGCUUUUUGCCUUCUUCUGGCUUAGCAAGUGGAUGAUGGUGAUUGCACGACUCUCACUUCCCCAGAAAUGCCCUGGCCAAUGUGUUCAGGAAUAUUUUUGAAGUUCCUGCUUCCUCUUUCAAAAUUACCAUUGCAUGCUAAAAGUGCAAGCUUAAGGGGACAAAAGAGAUUAAAGAAUUAAAAGUGCAUAAACAGUCUCUGGAAGUGGGCUAGGACUUUUCAGAAAGGAGCUGUUCCUGGAGAGCUUCAGUGUCCUUUCAUAUUAUUUUUUCAUCCCUUAGUCCUAUUUGGAUAAAUACAUGAAAAAUAUUCAGGGUAAAAUCAGCUUUACCCAGUGCUGAGAGAAUUUUUCUCCAGUCUGUCAAACUCAGCAGAGAAAUACACAGCUCAAGAGCAGUUUGGAAUAUUUUUCUCUCUUCCUCCUCUGAAUGCCCUGCCUGGUGUAGAUUGGUCAUUUACCUAGCAUGCGUUGUUUGACUACCAGCUGAACUUUGAUGGAGAUGAUGGCUUAAAAUCAUAACACUGGCAGAACCAAUCUUGCCUCUAUUGAAAAUAAUGACAGAGCCUCUAUCAGCUUCAGCAACUCAGAAUGAGGCAUUGCAGUUCUGACUCAGAGAAAAUAGGAUGAUCCUCUGAAGGAUCUCAAUCACGUGCUUAAAAGCUGUGCUGAGCUGUAUACAGAAUAGGUCAGAAGAUCAGUGCACAGAGUAAAAAUAAGUAGAGUUUUAUCAGUAAGGAUCUCCAUGCCUUCAGCUACUUGCCAGUAUUCCAGAAAAACAACACUGGAGUUCUUGUAUUUCUCCAACUGAUUUUAUAAUGUAUUCUAGGAUGAGUUAUUUGAAAUACAAUUAUUUCAAAAUGGUAUUUCAAAGUAGGUUAUGUUUUAGAAGUUCCAGCUGUUCUGAUGUCUCUUGCAGUUACAUCAAUGAGAAUCCUGAGGUAUUGUGUACAUUCUGUAUAAUUUUAAAAUUAAAAUAGCAGUAUUGCCACCAGCACUCUGAAAUAAUGUGCAACUGUUAAAAUACCUAUUUUGUGUACCACUUUCUAUUCUGUUCUUCAACAGCAUGUGAUUGUGAUGAAUGGUAGCCUUUAAUAUGUGACUUUUUGUGUCUUCUUUUACAAAACAUUUUAAUAGUUAUCCCAAUUUUUAAUUUUGGAGAGUUAUAAUUUUUUAAUAUACAAAAUUAAUGCUUAUGCUAACAUUAAUGAGGGAUCUUAGAAUAAAAAAAAAAGGCCAGAGGUGCAAUGAAGAAAGUUGUCUGAAGCAACAUGACUUCAAAAGCAUUUCAGUUGAUUGUGAAAGUAGUAGGGCAAAAAUUUCUUUAUAAAAAUAUUUCAGGAUACCUUGACAAUACUUAAUUACUUUGGCUUUUGCUUUUAAUAUCAUGUAGUACAUCCCCCCUCAAAACCCAACCAAAGCCCAACUGCUCAUGCUAUUUCAGCUAAAUAAACUGUGCAGAGGAUUAAAUGACUAUAUGUGAAUAUGCAUGGGAAAACACCUAGCAUUGCAGCUACCAAUUGUAAAAGCUGUUAGGACCAGUACAU